AUGAAGAAUGUGACAACAUGUCUACAGAAAAGACAGAUUAUGUUGUGUUGGCUUAAAAAGGUUGCAAGGGUGAAUGGGCUAUUACAAAAUAAAGAGCAGGGUCUAGGAUCAGCCACUGGUAUGAUAAACAGUUUACGUGAUGCAAACACUCAACUACAACAACAACUAGAGAAAUCUAGACUGGAACAUAAAGCUGAGAAAAAUAGAGCAUCUGCACUACAGACUGAGCUUGACAAGUUGAGACUACAGUAUGGAGCUGACAUGAAGAAAGCCAAGGUAGAAUUCCAGGAGAAAAUAGAGCAGACAAAAUCUGAACUUGACAUUAAAUGGCAGGACUAUCUCAGACGAGAAUGCGGUAAACUACGUGAAGAGAUUACAGAACAAAAAGACAGCGACAUGAGAGCAGCUUUAGAACAGUUAUCAAAGAUGAAAGAUGAAGAAAUAAUGGUCACUCGAUCAGGCUGGGAAAAUAAAGUUGCUGAUCUUACCAAGCAGAUUGCAUCUUUGAAAGAAAGUAUGGCCACAAACAACUCCAAGUUGUUAGAAGAGCAGGAGAAGAUGAGGUUAGAAGCUGAGGAAGAGCGGCGGCGCCUGGAACAGGAUCUGCUGAAGGCUACUGAUGAGUACAUGGUCAAGAUACAGGCUCUAGAAGCUAUACAUGAAGAAAACAUCAGUAAAUUAAAGGAAGAAAACCAAAAAGACCUAGAGGAAUUAAAGAGACAUUUAUCAGAGAAACAUAUAGAAGACAUGCAAGCACAAAUGUCUGCACAUAAAAUAACUAAAGACAGCCUCAAAGAUCAAGCUGACCGCGAGAGACAGGCAAAACUUGAUGCUCUCAGGGCUAAAUUGGAGAAAGAAAAAGACAGUCUACGUGAUGAUAUGUAUCAACGUCAUAUGCAGGAACUGGAGAGAAAAUCCAAAGAGCAUGAGGCACACAUGCAGGCAGCAAGGAUAAAACUUGAAAGGGCAGUUGAAAUCUCUAAACAGAAG